GAAUGGCCAAACAAGUGAAAUCUGGAAACUCCUAAAACAAGUUUUGCCUCACUGGAGACUUGAGAAGACACCACCAAAAGAGGAGAGAAAGGAACAACCAACGCCAGAGAUAAAGAAGGAGAAAGACAGGAAGUCUACAAAAUUACAAAAAGGACCCAAGUCAGAGGAAGGUCAUGGAGAAAACAAAUCAAAGGAAUCUAAAGAAAAAGUUUCUGCAAAUAUACCCACUUCAGACCAACAACCCAAAGAACCAGAACUAGUGAUUUUUGCCAGCUAUUUGUACCCAGCAAAUGGCUCCACAAGAGUAUCAGUACUGAGAGAAAUGGCUGAUGCAUCAGAAAAACUUCGGCUGUCAGGUUUGUCUCACAACCAUCCUCACCCAGUGCUUGUUACCACCAUYCGAGACUGUCCUCUAGUUGCUCCUCCACCUCCAGUUGAGAUACCACGAUGGAAGCUCAUCAGGCAAAAGAAGAAGAAACAUCCAGUUGAACCUCCUUUAACACCACCAGAACRACCAAAAGACCCACAGUUCUUAGAGAUAACAUCACCAUUUGUCAACUACAAUGUUAGCCCAAUACCUGUCAGUAGAGCUAGAACUCCAGUAAAAUGGGUAAAGUACCGACCAGAAAAGCCAAUGGGUGAAAUUACUGAAGAAGGAAGUAAAGAUGACCAGGACAAAGAGCAAGAAGGUGAACAAAAGAAAGAAACAACAGAAGAAACCAAAGAGGAUGUUGCUCCACCAGACAUCUUAGAAUCAAAGCAAGAUGUUGAUAAAGAACCAUCAAUCAAGGAAAGAGAGAGUAAAGAGAUUCGGCUGGGUUCUAAGGAUGUCGCAAAAUCUCCCAAAGAUAGGGUCAAAUCCGCAAAAAGUGAGCGAGCAGACAAAGCUAUUAAAGUUGAUAGUCCAAAUAAGGCAAAGUCAGGAAGCAAGCUGGUUACUGGAGAAAAGCCAGAAAGAGCAAAGUCAGGUCCAUUUAAUUCACCGAAAAGUGGCAGAAGAAUGUCACGUAUGGAAAAGCCAGGAGACUUGAAAGCUAUCAACAGUAAAGAGUCCAGGCGCAUCUCUAGAAUGGAUAAACCAAGUAAAACAGAGCUUGAGAAGGACUCGUCCCAUGAGGUACCAUUAAUUGAAGCAGAGGAAACCAUGGCUACUCUUGAGGUACCUACCACUAUUAAUGGAGAUGAGGAAAGUACUGAGGGAGAUCCAGGAGGAGAUGAGAAACAAGAUGGUGAGAAAACUGAAGAAAGUGAUGUUAAAGACAAGAAACUGUGGAUAGAAUUUGAUGACUUUUGCAAAUGUUUUAGCAACUUGUACAUAUUUCACAAGCCAUAUACAUAUAAGUGCACAAAAUCUAUCAUUGAACUAAAGAACAUAGCGACCACUUCACAUGGUUCCAGUAAAAAGUCAGGCCUGCAAGCAACAUCGUCUGUUACAGCAGCCACUCCAGCACCUGGAAAAAACACUUCACUGAGCCCAUCACCUUACUAUGGAUCAGGAGGGUCGAAUCAUGUUUUAGAACCACCGCCACCAUACUUGUUUGUUGAUAGUUUGAAUCCUAUUGAGGUGGUGAUUAGUUUUACUGGGUUUUCUAAGUGGCUGGAUCCACCACAGCCUAUUAUUCGAGAAAGAGACAAAGACAAAGAUAGCAGUAGCAGUGUCUCUGAUCUUAAGGAAGUUAUAACAGAAGAAAAACCAGCCCCAUUAGUAGCAGGAAGUCUUGUUGCUGAGCCAUAUUCCUGGAAAAGUCUUGUUACUGGUCAGCCAUGUGUACGGAUUAGAAGCACUGGUACCAAGUGUGCCGUUAUGUGUUUACCUGCAGGACGCCACGUGUUACGGUUCUUGUUGCAAGCCCCUCAUGGCUAUCAUGUGCAGCUUUGUUCCCAGACCUCUUUCAUUUUUGGUGAUGAGGAUAUUGUAAUGUCAGCAUUGACAAAGGAGAGUUGCAGAUUCAUGGAGCAUGSUAUGCAUAUGAUUCAUUCAGUUGGAAACCUUGUUGCCUCGUUUGCAGAUCCUCCAGUUCCUAAUCGACCAGAGCUGGACUUGGGCCUAAAAAGUGAAUCGCUAGAAACUCAAGAAAAACACUUCAAAGUAUUCAUGAAAUGUUUCUUCAAAGCUCUUAAAUACAAUCUUGGUGAAGCAUAUAAUGAAGAAAUGCAUUUUGCAUGGAAGGCUUUCGCAUUUCAAGCAGCUUUGUGUGUGCGUCAGCAUAUUGCACACAGACCUUUGUCAGCAGCAGACAUCACAAGAAUAGGCUCACUUAAGCGCAGUUCAUUGGGUAAUAUGUUAAAUGAAGUCCCUGAGUCCUGGACCGGCCGCUCCUCCAACAUUGAUGAGGAAAGAGCAGCUACAAAGAUCCAGGCGUUGUUCCGUGGACACUUUUUACGAAGGCUUGCUACAGCUUAUGUUAAUGGUUCUGAGAUACAGCAGCAAGUGUCUUCCACACUGACCAAAGCCUGGAGCGCUUUAGAACCAAACCUGGAAAACUUUGCCAUUGAGAUAUUUAGACGUAUGUUCAAAAAGGAUUCAACACUCUUCCCUUUGUUUCCAUUUUUCAAGGACGAAUGGUCAAGAGUUGCUUAUGCUGAUUAUACAGGUGGUUUCCCUGAGCAACCAGCUAACUCUUGGUUUGUUGUUUUUAGGGAGGUGUUUGCAGUAGAUGAGCCAGUGUUGAUGGUCCCUAAACUAUACAUCAACCUUCCUACCUGUUUACUGAGGGUUGUUGAUAAUGAUACCGGUGAAGAACUCUCCAGGGUGUUUGAAAGAGUUGCACCUAGUCAGAUGAAGAGGAACAAGCGUGGAUACACAUUCAUUGCAGAAGCACGUACCCUCAAUGCCAUUCUACCCGCUGGAAAAUUCCGUUUACGUGUUAUAGGUUCGACAGAGCCCCUGCCCUACCCUCCACGYGAAUCAGUAAACAGCACAUUUGUACACAAAGAAAUUCGUGAUUACUACAUUCCAAACAAGUACAACAUUAUAUUCAGACACACAGUGAAAGUCUCAGAUGAUCACAUGACAAGUGUUCAGCUAAGUACCUCCAAGCAAGAUGUAUAUGUCAAACUACAAAUUCUAGAUCAUGAAGUUGAAGUUGCUAGUACCACUGGCAAAGGGCAUGCUGUUAUCSCGGCAUUCAUCUUUUACCGGGAUAGGACUGGAGAAGAGGAAGCUGAUAAGCAAAGUAGAAGGGGCUCAAGGCCUCCAACGUCAAAUCGACCACGCUCCGGCAACAAGCGUCCACAGUCUGGUCGAAAAGCGGCAUCAUCUGCCACUCAAGGACGUUCAAAGAAAAGUGGUAAAGAUUCAUCGAGUUCAUCAAGACCAACAUCUCCGCAAAAGGGUUCAAAGUCGUAUCUGUUAGAUGAUGAAGAUCGACAAGAAAUCCAAGAUGAAGGUGAUGCCGAGCCUGAGAAAAAGAUACAUAAAUAUAUCAUUCAAGCUCAAGUGCUUCGCGAUAGCUGGCCAUUGUCUAGAAAUUCCUGGGACUUCGUCCAGAUGAUGAAAAACUUAGAACGUGAUGACGCUGCAGGAACAAAUGAGCCUUCACAAAGAAACGAGAAAUUGUCAGCUAGUACCAGCACCAAAGGUAAAAAAGGCAAAGAAGGUAAAGAAAGUCGAUCAAGUAAGGAUAAACCUUCGUCCAGACCAUCUUCACAGCAACAGUUUGAUUCAAGCAAACCCAACUGGAUUUUACGAGUCUUUAGUGAUGCAAGUGCUGAGGAGCUAGAAGUCAAAAAAGACACAGAAAGACAAGACGAAAUUAAAGCAUUGAAACAAGCUUGGGAAGCAGCUGAACCAGGACGAGCAGCUAAGGCCAGACAGAGCCGUGCAAAGUUCUUAAGUGAGCACAUGGUAAAAGCUGACAAGGACAUGAUUGAAGAAGAAAACCUCGAUGAUGAUCAGCUUAUUGAUAAAGAAGCACCAAGUGACAUAUUUACCGUGACGUCUCCGGUUCAAUCCGAAGCCGAAGGGGAACUAACCUUAGUACCACCCCCUAAAGAACCUGACCAGAUUCUGAAACCAUUGGAUCCCCCACGUUUUAUCAGAUCUCGUGGUGGGUUCCCUGUGUUGCUAGAUGACCAAGAAGAAGAGCGAAGACAGCAGGAGCGCCAGCAAGUGUUUCGUCAUUUCAAAGCCAGAAGGGAGGAGGUAGAAAACCGACGUGAAAAGGACAGAAUAGAGAGGAAUGUGACUAAAGAGAGACAACUACAAGAUGCAGAGGAGAUGCAGGCCGCACUCGACAAAGCUCGCCAAGAGAUCACAGCAGCCAGGGAAAAGUACCGGCAAAAGUUCGUGGUAGCUGAAAAAGAAGAGCAGACAGAUUCAGAUAAACCUAAAGAUCGGUCGCCGUCACCAGGAAGAAGUAAGAGUAGAAAAAGUGCAUCUACCGCAGGUAAAGCAGGAAGAAAAUCCGCUACAAAAGGAAAGAAAAAAUAACAACUAACAAUUAUAAAUUUUAUAUGAAUUCAAUUUUUGUACAUUUUACUUUUUACUUUUGUUGUAUAUCUAUAAUUUCAGUAUUUAUAAAGUCGAAAUACAGCAAUUACAACUAUUUAUUUUAGGAUAGUUUUUGUGUGUUUUGAGGAGUUUUUAAUAAAACUAAAAUAUAUAUCGUAAAGAUCACUUAAUAUAAUAGUUUCCCUCGUCUGGUGUUCUAUAAAUAUUUGAGUCUGGCUAGGGGUGCUAGAAGUCAUGAAUGACUUUUCGCGUUCACCAAGAAGGUCAUGUAAUUGAUCUAUUAUUAUAUGAGGAGCGGGGUACGGAGAUUUUAGACUCGACAGAUACGUCAAAGCAAACAAGGUAAACAAAAUACUAUUAAGGCAAAAUACUAGUAAAAUAAGCAAACUGCAGAAAGUCAUUUUUGUUACAUUUACAAAUUAUGUUGUUUGAAGCUGAUAUAAGAUAAGAAAAAGGAAAAAUAUGGGCAAAAAAGAAAGUUAUAGAAAAAAAAUUAAUGGGGCUCAGACGGGAAUCGAACCCGUGGCCUCUCGCACCCAAAGCGAGAAUCAUACCACUAGACCACUGAGCCAUUUCUUUAGAAAUUSGGGUGUAAAGUUUGUAAAUAUUCCUGUUAUCUUGUUUCAAAUAGCAGUUAACGACAACUUUUCGUUUCGUCGUUAAAAAGUUUCUGACUUAAAAUGCUAUAGCUUGAAAAAAAAAAAAAAAAAAAUUCUGCGCACGAAAAA